AUAUUCACGUAAAGAACGAUAAACGAUGGGAGCUCCUCUCCCUCCUCUUCUCCGAUAACCAUGGGUGCGAUUGAUUCGGAGAGAGGGGGCGUGGCCUCUUGCAACGGGAAGCCGCCGGCGGCGGAGGCCGCCGGUGGUGGAUCGACGGAGGCGGAGAAUGGCGGGUCUCAGCAGCGGAAGGGCGGGGCGACGCCGCUAGAGGUCGGGACGCGCGUGAUGUGCCGGUGGAGGGACGGCAAAUUCCACCCCGUGAAAGUUAUCGAGCGGCGGAAGCUGCAUGGCGGCGGUCACAACGACUACGAGUACUACGUCCACUAUACAGAAUUCAACAGAAGGCUUGAUGAGUGGGCUAAACUUGAACAACUUGAUCUUGAUUCAGUUUGGACUGAUGUGGAUGAGAAGGCAGAGGAGAAGGCGACAGGUUUGAAGAUGACACGUCACCAAAAAAGGAAAAUUGAUGAGACCCAUGUUGAGGGACAUGAGGAGCUGGAUGCUGCUAGUCUAAGGGAACAUGAGGAGUUCACUAAAGUGAAAAAUAUAGCAACUAUAGAACUUGGGAGGUAUGAGAUUGAAACAUGGUACUUUUCACCUUUUCCUCCAGAAUACAGUGACGUAUCAAAACUGUACUUCUGUGAGUUCUGCCUCAAUUUCAUGAAGCGCAAAGAGCAGCUCCAGAGGCAUAUGAGAAAAUGUGACCUGAAGCAUCCCCCAGGUGAUGAGAUAUACCGUUGUGGCACAUUAUCAAUGUUUGAGGUUGAUGGAAAGAAGAACAAAGUAUACGGACAGAAUUUGUGUUAUCUGGCAAAGUUGUUUCUUGAUCACAAAACACUUUAUUAUGAUGUUGAUUUGUUCCUUUUCUACAUACUUUGUGAAUGUGAUGAUCGGGGAUGCCAUAUGGUGGGAUAUUUUUCAAAGGAAAAGCACUCAGAAGAGUCUUAUAAUUUAGCUUGUAUACUCACUCUUCCUCCUUAUCAACGAAAGGGAUAUGGAAAGUUUCUCAUUGCAUUCUCAUAUGAACUGUCCAAGAAAGAAGGAAAGGUUGGGACACCUGAAAGACCUCUCUCUGACCUUGGCAAUCUGAGCUAUCGUGGCUACUGGACUAGGGUUUUGCUUGACAUUCUGAAGAAGCAUAAAGGCAAUAUCUCCAUCAAGGAGCUCAGCGACAUGACAGCAAUAAAAAACGAAGAUAUAUUGUCUACUCUUCAGAAUUUGGAUCUUCUACAGUACAGGAAAGGGCAACACGUUAUAUGUGCCGACCCCAAAGUGUUGGAUCGUCAUCUCAAGGCUGCAGGCCGUGGAGGUCUUGAGGUGGACGUUAGCAAAUUGAUCUGGACUCCAUAUAAAGAACAAGGCUGAUUGCGUGCCCUUUCAUUGUCUUGUACAAAAGCUUCGCUCUGCUGAAUGGUAAUUUAUAUAAGUUCUGUACUUGCUUAGCAAAAACCACAGCAGAUUUCUCCUGUCAAACACGCACAAUUUCGCACUCUGAAAAGCAUGACGUGAAUGAACGGGAAAUGCCAAAAAUAUAGGAAAAAAAAGACCAUAUGAUUUUUUAGGUUCA